GGCCGCUCUGAGCGUGAAGUAAUAUUCCGCACAAAACAUUUCGUUCGAGAUGGAGCAUAUUUCAGUUUAAACAGAACAUUCGCUUGCGUCGGAAGCAAUCGGUGUGUAGUUUGGUAGCCAAAAUAAAAGUGCAACACAGCACCAGUGAACGGGUGUACGGUAAAGUGAGACAUAAAUUAAACAGAUAGUGAACCAGCAGAGAAAGCACGUCUCUAAACACGAGCACAAGUGUGUUGAUUAUGUAAACGUGAUUCCAGCACUGUAAACGGAUUUCAGGAGGUUGAUUUGUGAGUGUCGUGUGUCGUCGCUGUACCUUGUGUGUAUCUUCCCGAAAGGUAGCUGUAGCCUGCACCGUGUAGUGGUAGUUUGUAUGAAUGUGCGCGGUUUUUUUUGUGUAAGUCGGUAUCACUUUUCAACCGUAACCAGUAUCACCGCAUCUCCGUCGUAGGGGAACACACAUACACAUCCUGGAGAUUUUCUUUUGCGUUUCGUCCGUCACAAAACAACCUCAGCACGGCACGGCUCUUUGGAAGUAGACAGAAGAGUCCUCUUGGUGCCCGUGAGGUAACCGAUUUUGUGACAGAAAAUCUCACCCAACUUAUCAUUUGGCACGGUCUGUGCCAGCGGGCAAACGGUCAAUUAUCGCAAAAGUGUACAUCGUUCCCGAUCGGUUUACAAAACGGAACGAGCCACCGAGUGAACGACACGGUUGUUUGAUGAUUGAAUAAUCUCACCGUUUGAAGACGACAGCCACAGCGACGAGUCUGACGACUGCAGGCAACUUCGCUCAAGUUCCCAAGACGCAACGUUUAACCGGCUGCAAAGCAACACCGUCAAUUCAUCUCAGCUACAGCGUGUGGUUUCUCCACCGACACGACAUUCAAAAUAGGACCUUUUUGAACAAUGAAGGGUUGGUUUGACGCGUUCCGCGAUGACGGAGCGCCAACGCUUUACUCAUUCUCGAACCGGACCCCCGUCACUGGCGAUGUCUCCAUCGUGGCAGUUUGUGUACUGUUCGCCACCGUUUAUUUGGCGUUUCUGGUCAUAUUUCCCGGUGUAAGGAAACAGAAAUUUACAACAUUCACCACCGUUACGUUAAGCCUAUUUGUUGGACUAGUCAUAUUAGUAAGUCGUCUUGGCUCCGGCUGGCAUGUAGCUCAAUCGACAAUCGUUGCACCGUACCGUGCAUUUUCCCGGGAGAAGCUGCCCGCCCGAAUCGGUGCUCACAUUGGGCUGAUGCACAUCAACAUCACACUGACGGCGCUCCCGGUCGGUAACUGGACACCGCCGGACAUUGAUUUCAACGAACGUUUCAGCUGGAAUCAGGCGAAUGACAUGGGCAACUCGUACCGCGAUGCGCUACAGCGUGGACUGCCGUAUCCGAUUCUGACGGUGGCAGAGUACUUCAGCCUGGGCCAGGAAGGGUUCGCCUGGGGUGGACAGUACCGUGCAGCAGGAUACUAUGCAAGCAUUCUACUAUGGGCAUCGUUUGCCGCGUGGCUUUUGAUGAAUCUGCUGCUGGUCGCGGUACCUCGCUACGGUGCCUAUACGAUGACCCUGACCGGUGCACUGCUGAUAGGGGCCAGCAUCGGUUACAGUUCCAUGCUACCGAAGCGACCGCUGACGAUCGUUAUCGAAGGUGCACGAAUCGAUUUCCAUCUGGGGUGGUGUUUCUAUCUCGUACUCAUCGCAGGCGUGCUGUGCUUUGCGAUCGGAUUAGUCAUUUCCAUUAUUGAUCUUGUGUGGCCCCAUCGAUUUUCUACCAUCUUGGAGGUAUACUAUGACACACCGUACGAUCGGCACGUAAUUCUUGAAGAGUCUCAUGACGUUAGAUAUCGCAAACGCAAUAGCAAAGGACUAGAGGAACCACCAGGUCUUGGAUCUCGUAUCCUGAGACGUCUGUCCUCCAAAACUCGCGAUCAACAUACCGAUAAGAUGGGUAUCGAAAACCGUGGAUUCCAGCACGAUGUUCCCAAAUCACCGUGGCGUUAUCCAUUCCGGCGGGCUCAACAAACCCCUCCGCAAGGUAUCCAGCGUACAAUUUCGCAGGACUCCACAUCUAGUAUUGCGUCUGCCGCUGCCAUGUCCCAGUCGCUCCAUAAGGUGGCACUGUCGCGAAUGCUACCGAAACCUCCAUUGGAACGUACCCGUGAAAUUUCCAACUGGUAAAACCAGAUAAUAUGUACGCCAUGUAGUGUGUGAAUAGUGAUCGCACAACGCGCACCUUGAGCCGCCCUGUCUCGUGCGUGAUGAUCUUUUUUUGUGAUAUUUGUAAGAGUUUAUACAAAACUCCCACAUUUAGCAACGAUGAGUCCCAAGUAUUUUAACGAUUAUCUUUUAUAAACACAUUUCAUUUUCAACGCUGUACAUGGCCAGAUAGCCAUUAACAUUUACAAAACAUGCAGGCGCUAGUGGAUUCGGGUCCAUUUCGUAGGGAGCUCAAUACAUAAAUAAGUUUUAUCCAUAGUCUUUGACAAAUACUAAGACAAAUGAUUUUUCUAAAUCACAAUUGAAUCGUAAACGAUAAGAUGGAACGUGUAACGCAAAACAUAGAUGCGAACCCGAAUGAAAGCAGAUCAGUUUUAAGUUAUUUAUUGUUCCUGUACCAGUGCUAGUGACGUAGCAGUUUCCAUAACGCGUACCAACGCGAAACGAAGUGCUUAUAGCGCUGAUGUAUGUUAAUCAUUGCAUUGUAAGACCGGUUUGUAAUAAUUUAAGGAAGAUUGUAAACUAUUACUUGACGAAGAAUCUGUGACAACGAAGAAUAUAAAUGGACAAAUGGAAUAAACGUUCAGAUUUGGACAGAA